UCUGCUUCAGCACCACCACCCACCACCACCAUCACCACCUCCACCAUUAAUUCUCAACAUUCAAUGCACUCAACAACACCACUAGCGGUUUUCCAGUCACCAGCUACCUGGUUUUCCCGUUGAUGGGAAGUUAACUUCACCUUAAUAAGCAAUGGGAUGUGUGCUCGUUAAGAGAGCCACUCCAGAUCAUCGCCCAAAGUCAACUAGCCGUCGCCGGAGUGGAGAACAAUCCUCCGCCGCGGAAAACGUCAAACAAGUGUCGUUAAAUGAAGUUGGGGGUAACAGAAAGGAUGGAGUAGUCGACCGAAUCAGGCAAUCAAUCGGCGAAGUUCCGGCACCGGACCGUCGUCGGCCGAAGCCACAGUAUACCUUGAAGACCUCUCAAGGAUGGCCGUCAUGGUUGUGCGACGUUGCUGGCGAUGCAAUCAAGGAUUGGACGCCUCGUCUCGCGAAUACUUUCGAGAAACUCGAUAAGAUUGGGCAAGGAACAUAUAGCAAUGUAUAUAAGGCCAGAGAUUUGAUAUCAGGGAAGAUAGUUGCAUUGAAGAAGGUUAGGUUUGAUAAUCUAGAGCCAGAAAGUGUCAAAUUCAUGGCAAGAGAGAUUCUUAUCCUGAAAAAGCUAAAUCAUCCCAACAUUAUUAAGCUUGAAGGAUUGGUUACAUCAAGAAUGUCUUGUAGUCUUUAUCUAGUAUUCGAAUAUAUGGAGCAUGAUCUCUCUGGCCUUGCUGCCGUUCAAGGUAUCAAGUUUACAGAGCCACAGGUCAAGUGCUACAUGAAACAGCUACUUUCUGGGCUCGAGCAUUGCCAUGAGAACGGUGUGCUACACCGUGAUAUUAAAGGCUCAAAUUUACUUAUCGACAACGAUGGAAUUCUCAAGAUAGCUGAUUUUGGGUUGGCUUCUUUUUUUAAUCCACAACAUAAGCAACCAAUGACUAGCCGUGUUGUUACCCUCUGGUACAGACCCCCAGAGCUUCUUCUUGGUGCGACUUACUAUGGCGUUGGUGUUGACCUGUGGAGUGCUGGUUGCAUUUUGGCAGAGCUUCUUGCCGGGAAGCCAAUAUUGCCAGGACGGACAGAGGUUGAACAACUACACAAGAUAUUCAGAUUAUGUGGGUCUCCAUCGGAGGAAUAUUGGAAGAGGCACCGGUUGCCAAAUGCGACACUUUUCAAACCACAACAUCCGUACAAGCGGUGUACAGCAGAAACGUUCAAGGAUUUUCCACCUGCUUCUUUACCUUUACUAGAGAGACUUCUUGCAAUUGAUCCUAAUGAGCGUGGCUCUGCCACUUCGGCCCUGAAUAGCAAUUUCUUCACCGCUGAACCUUACGCUUGUGAACCAUCAGAAUUACCAAAAUACCCUCCCAGCAAAGAAAUAGAUGUCAAAUUGAGGGAGGAAGAAGCUAGAAGGCAAAGAGGAUUAAGUGGUAAAUCUCAUGCUCCCGAUGGAAAUCGAAGAACACGACCACGCGAUCGGGUUAGCCGUGCAGUUCCAGCUCCCGAAGCCAAUGCGGAGAUCCAAUCCAAUGUGGAUAGACGGAGAGUUGUAACCGAAGCAAAUGCAAAAAGCAAGAGUGAGAAAUUCCCGCCUCCCCAUCAGGAUGCAGCCGUCGGGUACCCGUCGAAUAAUGGUGGCCCUGUAUCUUUUUUCACAACCGAUGACAAUUCAUUUGGCUCCUCAAUUUUCGACUCAAAUUCCUCAAGAUCCGUAAAAGAACAUGGGACCAUCGGUGGGUCGUCAAGGAGACGAAAAACCAAGAAAGAACCACCAUCCCGAGCGGGGCCGUCACGUAAGUUCAUCCACACUUUCCUUCCGACCUCCAUUAGUCUAUCGAUGGAUUUAGGGUUUAGGGGCAAGGAACCGGUUUCUGAUGUUUUUGGGAGCAAAAGGUAAAUAAUGAUUAUAUGUAGCUUUUAAGUUAUUAGAAGAUGGGUGAUGCUUUUGGCAUUAGUUAAGUUCUUUCUUUUGGUAAAACCGUGCUGAUUUCAAGAUAACAGUCAGGAAAAUAUCUAGCUGCUACAAAAAUAUUCCAACUGCCAAUCUACGAGGAGCCUCAAGGCCGACCUUUAUUUGCCAGUUGAGCUGACCCUCAAUGUUAUCGGUUAAUUUCAGUGUUUUUUGGUUGGGUUAUUUUAUUUGUUAGUUGUAUAAUCCACACAAAAAGGGAAAAACCAAUGGACUCUUUUGUUCAUAAUUUGCAAAUUGCAAUCAAUCCCACUUCUCUUGUACAGAUUCUGAAAUA